ACUUAUUUGUUUACAUUCUGUUUUGCGUAUACGUACAUAAAUUGUGAUAUUUGUGCCGUAAUUUGCUUCAUUUCAUUUCAUUAAAAUUUCUUUGUGAUUUCAAUUAAAUAAAUAAGAAAAAUUUAUUAGAAAUAUGAAGCGAACGAGAUGUCCAUGGACCGCAGCAGCAGAGGAGGUGUUUGUGGAGUUGUGGCAGCAAAAAGUGGAUGAUUUGAGGGGGGCCUAGGAAAAACAGCCAUGUUUACCAAGAGAUGGCGGCUGAAAUGCAGAUGCACGGCUAUAAUGUCAACUCCUCAUCAGUUAAAAUAAAUAUUGACAAUCUGACGGCGAAAUAUAGAAGGGCCAAGACAGCUAUGGGAACAACAGGAGGCUCUCCUGCAUCAUGGCCUUUGCACCAAAUAAUUGGUGGCUUCUCAAUAAAUAAUGUAGAGGUUCUAAUUGAAGAAAGUUUUGAAGUUUCAGAGUCACCAACCCAUCUCUCAUCGCUGCCGCCAUCUCUGACCCAGAUAUCGCCAUCACCAUUGCCGUCUACUUCGUCCUCAGCAUCCGACAAAUCUAGAAGAAAAAAACAAAUGGAUCGGUUAGUGACGGUCUGCGAAAGCCUCCAGACCAAUUUUUCGGAAGCUAUGGAUAAAUUUCCCAAAUCAAAUGAAGAAUUGGUGGAACUUGAAAAAGCAAAACUGAUGGCAAUGCAGGAGCUGCAGAAAGACGCGAAAAGAUUGACGGAUGGUGUUUUAGAUUUUUUAAAUAGAUUUUAAGGAAUAGUAUGUAAUGUCUUGUGAAUUUAAUAAUUUUUUUUACACAUUUAAUAGAUUAUAAGGAAAUAGUAUGUAAGAUCUAAUGAAGUGAACUGUUUUUUUUAUAGAUUUAAGAAUUACUCUUUAAGAAAAUGGAAUCAAAUAUGUUGUGAUUUUUUUUUUUAUGUUA